AUGGGUAGAACUAAGGUCUUUUUGAGAAAACCAGACACCUUGUUUAGUUUGGAAGAAAAUAAGGAACGUCUCUUCCAUGACAAUGCGACUCGAAUGCAAAGAUUGUGGCGUAACUACAAGUUGAAACGUUACUUUAUCAAACUUCGAAAUUCAUCUGCUGAUUUGUUAGAUAAUAGAAAACAAAGACGUCGAUUGUCCAUCAAUAGAACCUUCUUGGGAGAUCAUGUCAAUUAUUUGGACAAUGCUCAAUUGCAAGAAGUCAUGAAGAAACAAGGUCGUAAAGAUGAUGGUGGUGUUGUCUUUGGUGAUGUCUUUAUGAGACCAAAGAAGAAAUUGUUGAAGGGUGUCACUUUUGAUAAGGUUUGGGGUUUGUUGACCAAUGAAGCUCUCUAUUUCAUUCACAGAGAGAAGGUUAAGAAGCAAUUCAUUAUGGAAAUGUUGUGCAGAAUUGCAAUGAAUCAAAUUCAAUGCAUUUGUAUGAGUCAACUUUCUGACAAUUGGUUGGUCAUUCAAGUGAACGAUCCACUCAUUGAUGACUUGUUCCUCGAAUGUGAAAAUAAGACUGAAUUCUUGGCCAUUUUGAACGAUCAAUACAGAGCCAAGAUGAAUCGUGACAUUCCUCGUACAUUUGAAAAUACUCUUUCCUAUACUGAAAAUAAGAAGAAGAAGACUGUCAAGAAGGUUGAAUUCUCCAUUGAUCCAAAGGCUAAAUUGGCAAACGUUUCAGGAGGUGGUUCUGGUUUCAAGGUUGGAAUUUGUGAAGGUUUACCAGCUGGUACUCAACCAAAGAAGGUUGAAAUUAAGAUGACCAAUGCACCCUCUUAUCAAUCUUCUUCAUAUGGUCAGCAACAACAACAACAACAAACACAAAGAAUUGGUCAUAGAAUGUCUCUUCUUGAACAAGCUCCAAUUCAAGAAUCUACCUACUUGGCUCAACAAGAACAAAACAGUGGUGGUCCAAAGAAGAGACUUCCUCAACCUCCACCAAAGGCCAACGAGAAGCCAAAGGUUAAGGCCUUGUAUAAUUAUCAAGCAACUGCCGACGAUGAAUUGACUCUCCGUGAAGGUGACAUUAUUACACUUUUAGAUAAGGAUCCAUCUGGUUGGUGGGAAGGAGAACGAGCCGGAAAAAGAGGUCUCUUCCCAGGAAAUUAUGUCAUUGAGCUAUAG